AUGAACCCGGCUUCACUCCCUCUGCUUGAGCGUUUCGACCCUUCUUUGUCUUCGUCUUCCUCAACUCCAUCUCCAGCAACAGUCACCGUCUUGUUCUUUGCCAAGAGUCGCGAGCUGGUUGGUCUGUCGUCGGCCGUCCUGCGUCUCAAUCUGCAUCCUACCGCGACUGUCACUGCGCGACACGUCCUUGCUCAAGUCAUCGCCUGCUUCCCAGCAUUGCAGCCAGUGUCAAACUCGGUCAUCCUCGCAGUCAACGAAGAGUACGCCGAUCUAGAAUCAUCCAUCUCGCUGAGUGCAGGCGACGAGCUCGCAGUCAUCCCGCCCUUGUCCGGAGUUAUUACAACGGACGAGGACGAUCGCAUUCAGACACUGAUCACGGCCGACCCGCUCGAUGUGAUGAUGGCAAUGCGUUUCACCCAGGACGACAGUUGCGGCGCCGUUUCGCUCUUUGUUGGCACGACUCGCGACACUUUCAACGGGCGAAAGGUCGUUCGGCUAGAGUACGAAGCCUAUCCCUCCAUGGCCGAAAAAGAGAUGCGCAAGAUUGGCCGCACGCUAUUACAGCCUCCACAUAGCGCCACCAAGGUGUCAUUGCUGCAUCGCAUCGGCCUCGUGCCCGUUGGAGAGGCGAGCGUCAUUAUUGCCGUUUCGUCGCCACACCGGUCCAACGGAAUCACCGCCAUGCGGUAUGGUAUCGACGAGCUCAAGGCCACCGUGCCCAUCUGGAAGAAGGAAGUCUACGACGACGGCGGCACGUCUUGGAAGGCCAAUUGCGAGUGUGGCUGGGCUGGCAAUCCCCAGUCUGCUCCCUCGGUCCCUGCAGGUUCACCACCAGAUGCCGCUCAAAGCCCAACGCUCCACCAACAUCACAGUCAUGCACACGAGCAGCAUGGUCAUGCCCACCAUCCGCAGCACUGA